AUGACGAUCAGCUUCUUCGCUACAAGAGACAACAAAGUCCAUCGAUUCCUCCGAUCACGCGUCGCAAGUACAUACUCCAUGACAUCGAUCCUCUCUAUGGAGUCAUUGAUCCAGGAUGUCUUGGACCUCAACCUCAAGAAGCUGGGCGAACGGGCAGACGAGGGCAAAAAGUUUGAAGUCGACAAGACUGUCAACUACUACACCUCGGAUGUGGUUAGCCAGCUGGCCUUAGGUGGAAUGGUCGGAUGUGUAGAACAACAAAAAGACAUUGGAGGUAUUAUCCAGUCUGUGCAUGAUGGGUUCUACUUCAUGGGUAACUUGGGAGUACUACCAUGGCAGAUGUUCUGGAUUAACAACCCAGUAUCCAAAUGGUUGACCAAGAACUUUGGAGGCGAUCGCUUGAACGGCUUUGAUAUCUUUCUUGACUGGCUUGACAACAGAGUGGAAGAGAGGAUGAUUAACGGUCUUCUGCCUAACCAGCGGAGAGAUAUCCUUCAAAAUUUCAUCGAAGCCAAAGAUCCUCACGGUCAACCGGCCAGUAAGGAAGAGGUUAUGAUCGAGGGGGUGAAUGUUCUUGCUGGCGGGUCUGAUACAACCGCCUUUGGCAUUUUAUCUUGUCUCAGACAUCUUCUCACUAGCCCUGACGCCAAGGCAAAGUUGAUGGAAGAAAUUGACCAUGCCUACGAAGAACUUGGACUGACGAAGGAGGGGCGUGAGAUCUCUUUCAAGCAAGCAGAAAAGCUCCCAUAUCUGUCUGCUGUCAUCACCGAGAGCAAUCGGGUGCAACCUUCAAUCCAGUAUCAGCUACCCCGUACCGUCCCAUCAGAAGGGGCUCAGGUUGGAGACUAUUUUCUUCCUCCCGGCACAACUUGUGGCACUAGUUCAAGAGCAGUAAACUGUUCACGGGAGAUAUUUGGCCCGGAUGCAGAAGAGUUCCGACCCGAGAGGUGGAUUGCCCAAGGCCCAGACGACGAGGCACGAAUUAGGAAGGAGAAAUCUCUCCUGAUGACGUUUGGUAUGGGCAGUCGCAGCUGCAUAGGGAAGAAUUUGGCAAUUGUCGAACUCCACUUGUAUAUCGCUCAGUUCUUUCGACAUUUCGAUGCUGAGGUGGCAAAGUCGGCAAAGCCUUGGGGUAUCAAAUCACAAUGGCUUACGUUUCAUCACGAUUUUGUGAUUACGAUUACGAGGAGAGAGCAUUAA